AUGGCCGACGCCGAGCAUUCGCCUCGCUCUACCGGCGCCGCCGCCGACGCUCCAGGCGCCGAGAACGAGUAUGGACUGCAGGACCUAGCGCGUCUGCCUCUGCUGGAGCAGGUGCACCGGUUAUUCCACGCCAUCCAGCACAAAUACCCCUACAAGGAGACCAACGCGUGGAUGACGCUGCCGUUCGACCAGAAGAAGAAGAUGCUCAACUACAUCCGAGAGAAGCGCCAGCGCAAGGCCCAGAGCGACGCAGAGCCCAAGCCAGAGGCCAAGCAAGAGGACGAAGCCAAGAGCGACGAGAAGCAGCCGGCUCUGGACCCGGCCACGGCCGUCAAGUCCGACCCGUACCUCAAGAUGUUGCAGCAGAGAAGUCUCCGCUCGGCGGGGCCCGUGGCGGACGUUGCAGCGCUGCCAAAGCACCCAAACAGUGCUUAUGUUGCUCCAGCGGAGGUGCCGCACUACGCCCAGGUCAAGCCCAAGUUCAAGCCGCGCUGGCAGGUUGCAGAGGGGGAGUUCUUCGAGGAGAAAUGCGCGUGUGGAGUGAAGCACGACGCGGACAAGAAGGGCAAGAAGGCCUCGCUGCUGCUGCAUACCAUCAGCUCUAUGAUGAGCACGUUCGGAGACAGCACGCAGUCGUGCGUCACGACGGUGGAGGAGGUGCAGGCGCUGGUUGGCGACCACAUGCGGAAGGUGUUGGGCUCGGUGAACCCAGAGGUGCUGACAGCUUCGUCGUGUCUGAGGACAUUGGUGGAGAUCUUCGAGGAGGAGGCGAUUUAUUACGGACGCUGGAGGGAGUUCCGCGGUGAGACGAAGCACGAGGAGAACGAGCUCGAGGACGUGGAGGAAGAGGAACUUGCGGAGGAGCUGGACCUGUUUGCGGUGUCCGAGACGGAAGAUGUGUUCAACGAGGCGUUCCUGGAACGGAUACGUUUCGCUGACGAGCGCACCAAGACGAUGGACUGGUCCAUCUACGACGUGUUUGCAAGAGGUCGGAAGCUGAAUUUCAUGAACAACAAGGCUCAGCAGUUUCGGCAAUGGUUGGGCCUCGACAAAAUCUCGCGAGCGUCACUCGAAUUUCUCAACUUCGUCGCUUAUCACAACAUUGGCCGGUUAGUGGAGUUAGCGAUCAAAACCCGAACAGGUGGAGAGCUCAAGCAACUCGAGACCCCGCUACUAAAAGACGAUAUCGAAUCGGUGGCGCUGACCUUCCUCCCUGCCCAGAGGCUGCCCAAGCUAAUUGACCGGCCGGCUACGAAAACACGGCGCCCUGUAGGUGAAAUCAAGCCUAUAGUCGCUGCUUCGAUCGUCGGGGCCAGACCGACGAGACUCAAGAGACUGCGAUAA